AUGGCCGCCGUCUCGAGCUGCAGUGCGCUUCUGCGGGCGAUGCCGUCGUCGGCCGCCCCGCCGUUCGAGGCCCGCGCUUCCGACGGCCACUUCUCUGGUUUCCCCAGCGCCGACGGGAAGGAGAGGAAGAAUAAGAGAUCAACCUCCUCCUUCGCCUCUCUGCGCGGCGAGCGCGGGGGGCUCUCCUCGGCGGUGAUCCUCCGCUUCCCUCCCAACUUCGUGCGGCAGCUGAGCACCAAGGCCCGCCGGAACUGCAGCAACAUCGGCGUUGCUCACAUUGUAGCGGCUUCGUGGACGAACAAACUUCCAGGCGGCCUCUCCGCCGCCGCCGCCGCCGCCGCCGCCGACGCCGUGGUGGCGAUUCCUCAGGUAGAAUCCGAUCCAGCGGGUAGGUUGCCGGAGCCGGAGUCGGCCGAUCUGAAUCGCGAUGCCGCCGUCUUUAGCUCCGACGGGAGUCUCACCGUUCACGCCGGUAAUCUCCCUUCCUCCUCGAUCGAUCUUUUCAAACCCUAACAGGGAACUGCGAUCUCUCCGCUUUCUCCUGUAGCUGAUUGAUCCCUCUACUGUAGGUGAAAGGUUUGGGCGCGGGAUCAUCACUGACGGGAUCACCACCCCCAUCGUUAACACAUCUGCUUACUGGUUCAAGAAUUCCGCCGAGCUGAUCGAUUUCAAGGUUCUGUGAAUGAAUCCCCAUCUUGAGAUCUGCGUGCACUGUCAAUCGAAAGAAUCCUCAGCUUCCUCUUCUUCUCAACGAUCGCGGAUCAUUUGCAGGAGGGGAGGCACAAGAGCUUCGAAUACGGGCGCUAUGGAAACCCAACCACCACGGUUUUGGAGGAGAAGAUGAGGUCGGUCCUUCUUCUUUCUUUACCUCCUCCCCCUUCCUGCCUUCCUUCAGGCGAUCAUCCACUGGUCUGAUCCGUCUCCUCUGCGUUGGACAGCGCCCUGGAGAGGGCAGAGUCAACGUUAUUCGUGACCUCCGGUAUGUACGCGAGCGUGGCGAUGCUGCAAACACUGGUUCCUCGAGGCGGGCACAUGGUGACCACCACAGAUUGCUACAGGAAGACGAGGGUGUUCAUCCAGAAUGAACUCCCCAAGAAGGAUAUCUCGGUACAGCUCCUCCCUCCUCCAUCUCUAGCUUUUUGGCUUCCAUAUUACAUUAAAUUAUUCUUGGGUUCAGAGAGAUCAAGAAAUCCGAUGAGGGGUCAUCAAUUUCCUGUUCCAUUUUCUUGAUAUUGUGAUAUCCCCGCCCCUUUUCUGUCUAAUUAAUCAAAAAAAUGAUCCAUCUCCAAACCUGAAUUACAGGUCACCGUGAUCGAUCCUGCAGACAUGGAGGGGCUGAAGAGGGCCUUGGAGGAGAACAAUGUCCGUUCAUUGACCCACCUCAUACUUUCGUCUCUCUCUCCCCCCCUUGAGUUAUGUUCUCGUCAGAUGAUCAGCUGAUUAUUAGUCCUUUUUUUUUAAUUUCCGAUAGGUGUCUUUGUUCUUCACCGAGUCUCCCACCAACCCGUUGUUCCGAUGCGUCGAUAUCGAGCUGGUUUCAAAGCUCUGCCAUGAGAAAGGCGCCCUCGUUUGCAUAGAUGGUACCUUCGCCACUCCCAUUAACCAGAAGGCUCUACCCCUCGGCGCUGAUCUCGUGCUGCACUCGGCCACAAAAUUCAUUGCCGGCCACAACGAUGUGGGUUGAAGAACACCUAAUUUCUCCCACAUUUUCUCACCAUUUUUAGUGACGCUGAAGAUCUUUUCUUGACCACGCCCGUUCUUCAGGUUCUUGCCGGUUGCCUCAGCGGCUCGCAGGAGUUGAUCUCUAAAAUACGUGUAUAUCACCAUGUUGUCGGCGGUGUUCUCAACCCUGUGAGUUUUCCCAUCACUUUAUUCCCUGCAGGUGGAUGAGUAAUGUUAGCAGAUAGGUAAAAAAAAAAUUCCAUGUUUUCUUCUUCAUCCUUGAUUUUCCUGGGCUUUUCUGUUUAUCCUUCGGUCUUGUGGCAAUUUGAUCAACAGAUCAUUCAUGUGUUGGCUAUGAUUAUGUAGUAAUCAUAACCAUUACAUCUGACUAUAUGGAGAAACAAUAUGUAUUCUUUUAAUCAUAUUUUGGUACUAUACGUUGUGGGAAUUAUAGUAAAGUAGGACCAAUUGACAUACAUUAUUGAUUUUUUCUUUGGCCAUGAUUAUGCUCUAAUAAAUCCCUAACUAGAGGAGAAAAUAUUGUCCUCUCUCAAAAUUUUAUGUUCAUAUAUGAUGAUAAUUCAACAUGGUGGGGAAAUUAUGAUAAAGUGUUGAUGAUCUGACUGAUAGAUUUUUGAUAUUUUGGAGUUAUGUUUAUGCUGCAAAUCAUUGCAUUAAAUAUCCGACUAACCAGAGCAAAAAUGUAGAUUCAUUUUAUGAUCAUAUCAUGCCAUUAUCUCUCGCGAGGCAAAUAUUUGAUAUUUUCUAGCCAUGAUUGUAUCUCAAGGAAUAUGCUCCUUUUUUUUUCCCCCUCGUUUUUGUAGAAUGCGGCUUACAUGAUCCUCCGAGGCAUGAAGACGCUUCACCUCCGUGUGCAACAGCACAAUCAGACAGCGUUGAGGAUGGCCCAAUUUUUAGAGGAGCAUCCCAAGGUAUAGAAAGAGUAUGUAUGUAUAUAGCGAGAGGAGAGAGAGAGAGAGAGAUGUCAUGUUCAUUCUUGAGUGGUCAGAGGACUGAAGGUGUGUGGGCCUUUUCUUCUUCUCUGGCAGAUCCGUCGCGUCUACUACCCGGGCCUCGAGAGCCACCCGGAGCACCACAUUGCUCGGCAGCAGAUGACUGGGUUCGGCGGCGUCGUCAGCUUUGAGGUGAGAACCCCCUGCCGGACCUCUAUUGAUGACCCUUCUCCGCUGUAGAUAUAUAUAUAUAUAUAUAUAUAUAUAUAUAUAUACAGAGAGAGAGAGAGAGAGAGAGAGAGAGAGAGAGCUUUCUUGUUUCUUCCAGCCCGUUCUAAAAAUGGGAGCUUUCUUUGUCUCUGUUGGUUCAGGUUGACGGGGACCUGCACGACACCAUCAGGUUCAUCGACAACUUGAAGAUCCCCUACCUGGCCCCCUCCUUCGGCGGCUGCGAGAGCAUCGUUGACCAGCCGGCCAUCAUGUCCUACUGGUUAGUACCCCCCAUCCUCCAUUCUCUUCCUAGUGUGUAGAGAGAGAGAGAGAGAGAGAGAGAGAGAGAGAGAGAGAGAGAGAGAGAGAGAGAGAGAGAGAGAGAGAGAGAGGGAUUUGUAUUAGUAUUAAGAGGAGUCUCGUGUGUGAUGUUGUGGUGUGUGCGUGGAUGAACAGGGACCUGAGCCAGGAGGAGAGGGUGAAGUAUGGGAUCAAGGACAACCUGGUUCGGUUCAGCUUCGGCGUGGAAGAUUUUGAUGACUUGAAGGCGGACGUCGUCCAGGCCCUCAAAUACGUCUGA